AUGACAGACGGACUCCGAUCAUACUUCAGCCAGUUCGGUGACAUUGACAACUGCACGAUCAUGCGCGACCCGACCGGCCGAUCGCGUGGUUUCGCCUUCCUGACAUUCAAGAGCGUGUCGAGCGUCGAGGCCGUGCUGGCCAAGGACCACCAGCUGGAUGGCAAGAUGCGCGCGAUCCCGCGUGCCGAGCACGAGCGCACGGCCAAGGUGUUCGUCGGCGGCCUUGCUCCGUCCGUGACGAGCGACUCGCUGAAGCAGUUCCUCUCGCAGUACGGCAAGGUGAUGGACGCGACGGUGAUGUUUGACCGUCUGAACGGGCGGUCGAAGGGUUUCGCGUUCGCGACAUUUGCGGACGAGUCGGGCGUCGAGAACGCGAUGCAGCACUCUGGCGUCGAGCUCGAGGGCCGCCAGAUCGAGAUCAAGAAGGCCCAGCCGCGCGGCGCCGGCACGCAGGUCAAGACGUUCAACGCCCCCGGUGGCGCGCGCACGUCGGGCUUCAAUGCGACGAGCGGCAUGGGCAUGGGCGGCGGCUUCGACCCGAGCGCCAUGGCCAUGAUGUACCAGAAUAUGAUGAAGGGCAACAGCAUGGGCAUGAGCGGGGGCAUGAGCGGCGGGUUCGACCCGAGCGCCAUGGCCGUCAUGUACCAGAACAUGAUGAAGAGUGAGCUGGCCCCCGCGAUCAACCCCAACAUGGCCCAGCGCGGCAACAUGGGCAUGGGCAUGGGCAACAACAUGAUGAUGAACCCGAUGAUGAUGGGCAUGAACCCCAUGAUGGGCAUGGGUGGCAUGAUGGGCGGAGGCAUGAUGAACAACGGCGGCGGCGGCGGCAUGGGACGUGGCCGCGGACCGAACGCGCCCCGCGGACCGUCGGCGAUGCGCGGCGGCGGGCCCUCGGGCAUGGCCCAGCCCAUGGCGCAGGGCUCGUCCCACGGCGGAAACGGAAACGGCUCCGGGCCCCAGCGCUACUCGACGCAGGGCUCGCAGCGGGCAAAGCCAUACUAA